GGAAACCAAGAUGGCGGCAGCGGCUGCGGCUGCACGAGCGCUUCCUGUGGGCUCUGGGCUCCAGGGUCUGCAACGCGCGCUGCCGCUUGUAGUGAUUCUCGGGGCCACCGGCACUGGCAAGUCCACUCUGGCCCUGCAGCUAGGCCAGCGGCUCGGUGGCGAGAUCGUCAGCGCUGAUUCCAUGCAGGUCUAUGAAGGGCUAGACAUCAUCACCAACAAGGUUUCUGCCCAAGAGCAGAGGAUCUGCCAGCACCACAUGAUCAGCUUUGUGGAUCCUCUCGUGACCAGUUACACAGUGGUGGACUUCAGGAACAAAGCAACUGCUCUGAUUGAAGAUAUAUUUGCUCGGGACAAAAUUCCUAUUGUUGUGGGAGGAACCAAUUACUAUAUUGAGUCUCUGCUCUGGAAAGUUCUUGUUAAUACCAAGUCUCAAGAGAUGGGCACUGGGAAAGUAAUUGAUCUGAAAGUAGAGCUUGAGAAGGAAGAUGGCCAUGUGCUGCACAAACGCCUAAGCCAGGUGGACCCAGAAAUGGCUGCCAAGCUGCACCCACAUGACAAGCGCAAAGUGGCCAGGAGUUUGCAAGUGUUUGAAGAAACAGGAAUCUCUCACAGUGAAUUUCUUCGUCGUCAACAUGCAGAGGAAGGCGGUGGUCCCCUCGGAGGCCCUCUGAAGUUCCCUAACCCUUGCAUCCUCUGGCUUCAUGCUGACCAGACAGUUUUAGAUGAGCGCUUGGAUAAGAGAGUGGAUGACAUGCUUGCUGCUGGUCUCUUGGAGGAGCUAAGAGAUUUUCACAGGCGCUAUAAUCAGAAGAAAGUUUCAGAAAAGAGCCAGGACUAUCAACAUGGUAUCUUCCAGUCAAUUGGCUUCAAGGAAUUUCACGAGUACCUGAUCACUGAGGGAAAAUGCACACCAGAGACAAGUAACCAGCUUCUAAAGAAAGGUAUCGAGUCUUUGAAGCAAGUAACUAAGAGAUAUGCCCGGAAGCAAAACCGAUGGGUUAAAAACCGUUUUUUGAGCAGACCUGGUCCCAAUGUCCCCUCGGUAUAUGGCUUAGAGGUGUCUGAUGUCUCCAAGUGGGAGGAGUUUGUUCUCAAACCUGCUCUUGAUAUCGUGCAAAGUUUUAUCCAGGGCCACAAACCUGCUGCCACUCCAAUAAAGACAUCACACAAUGAAACUGAGAACAAGAGAAGUUACCAUAUGUGUGACCUCUGUGACCGAAUCAUCAUCGGGGACCGUGAGUGGGCAGCACAUAGGAAAUCCAAGUCUCACUUGUACCACCUGAAGAAAAGAAGAAAAUUGGACUCAGAUGCCAUCAAUACCAUAGAAAGACAGAGUAUUUCUCCAAACUGAAACAUAGAACUUCAAGAGAAGAGAUCCUCGGGACAGCAUGUCAAGGGCCAAAAUAAGCAUUUAAGAGAUAUGUUCAGUGGCCUUUGCAAAGGAGGGAGGGUCAAGUUCAGGAAGGAGGUUGCAUCUGUUUGUACUGCCCUGGAACGCAGAAUGCUGGACAGAACGCCCACCAUGCUCUUUCUGUAGUAUGGUCUUAAGGUCUCCUGUCCCUGGCAGCAGGCUUUCAGCUCCAGUGUGGCUGUUGUGUCUGGUAAUGAUAUAGUUCAGGAUGGGAUUUUUUUUUCUUUGAACCUUAAAGGUUUGAUUUUAGAAAGAGGCACAGAUUGCACAUUUAAUACAUGAGCAUCCUUUUAGGGGUGAACACAGGAAUUCACUUACAUCCCUUAAAAGAAGGCUUUUGUCCCUGAUACUGGCUAAAAAUAUCUGAUUUGCAGAUGCUUUUGUAGAUGACUGAGGUAUUGUGAGGCACAAAUCAGGAGUUCUGGAUUUGGGUACAGCAGGAAAGGAUAAGCCCUAGUGAGAUAGUUAAGUGAGCCAGAGCAGCUCUUAGAAUUCCAGAGGAGGAGGAACCAGGCCGAAUUAGUUGUGACCUAGAGUAUAAAGACAGAGAGCUGUUGGGCUGUUCCUGUGUGAUAACUGCUGUCGCUGAUAUCUUUCUAGUAAGGUAGAAAUCUAUAUUUUUAUUGAAAAUUAAAUAAAAAGUUUGCAAGGGUCUCUACAA